UUUGCAUCCUAUGUUGCUAUCCUUCUCCCACCGUUGAACAAAGUACGUGUUCUUCUUCUCCCCACUUUUGAAUCCGUCACGCAAAGAGCAUGUCUCCCCGAGUUGCCACGACCAAGCCAGGCCCUCCUCCAUACGACCAGCUCGUGCUCAUGUAACGUGUUUCAAGUGAAUGGUUAAGUGGUUAUCAAAGGCAUGCCUCUAACUGCUGUUUCUGCUGCGCAGUGGUGAGAAGUGUCUGUCGUUCGUGCACGAGAAUGCCAAACAAGGCGACCCCAAGUCUGUUCUGGAAGCCAUCGACACGUUCGGCUAUGAACACCAUUGGAUGAUGAACGUCGGAGAUGUCAAAGGAGAGCUCAUAGACGAGGAGUUAGAGAAAGUCAAGCCAAAGGUUUUGGUGGAGCUUGGCGGCCAUCUCGGCUAUAGCGCCGUGCGCUUUGCCAGCAAGAUGCGCGAGCUCUCUGGCCCCUCUGCCCAUGUUUACUCCUUCGAGAUCUCGUCAGACUUCGCAGCCAUUGCCACCAAGAUGAUCGAAUUCGCUGGACUGUCGGACAUGGUGACGAUCAUUAUCGGGACGUACGGAGACAACUACAACAAGCUCAAGGAGAGAGGUGUCGAGCACGUUGAUGUGUUUUUCAUCGACCACGACAAGAAACUCUACAAGAGCGACUUGAUAAUCAUCGAGCAGAGCGGAAUGCUUCGAUCGGGAUCCGUCGUGGUGGCCGACAAUGUCGUCUACGCUCAUAUCAGCGACUACCUCGACUACAUCCGCGGACAUCCCCACUUCAAGUCUGUACUUCGCGAGUCCUUGCUCGAGUACUCUGACAUUAAGGACGCGAUCGAGGUCUCCACGUACGUCGAGUAAAGCGACAAAGCAUCCGUCUUCCUGCGUCGUUAACAAUUCAUUUCACGUUAAAAAAAAAUAACAUUUUCAGUUAUCAACGUC